CUGGAGUAGCGAGACUUAAAUAACGUGUCAAAAUCGCAUUGUUCAACAGCAUUCACGACACGUAAACAAAAGCUGCGCUGUAAUAUUUACGCUUGUUUACCAACUUUCAUUCAUUUGAUUUUUCCUUUUUAUCUGAUUCCUUAAACUUGGUUCGAAUCCUAUCAUCAUGAGUCCUGCACCUUACAAAGAUCUCAGCAAAGAUACCGUUCAUACCCAUCCUGCAAUUCGUGAGUCGGAACGUAGAGAACAGCAUGGAUGGGGCGAUUUAAACAAGGAACCCCUUAUGGAAGAUCAAGCUGAACGUGAUGCUAAGAAUGACUUGUCGAAAGACCAAAAAGAAGUCAAGGAGCAGGCCAGUCGUCCUGCCCCUAACAACUAAUUUCUUUUUUUUAUGAAACGAAUGGAUUCAAUACGAGCAGCAAAUUGUAUUCAUCCUUGCGUUAAAGAGAAUCUUUUUGCCCUCAUCGUCAUGACUUAUAAAUGUGUAUAAUGAUUGGUUACGAUAAUAUGUUUUCGUAUAUAUGAUUUGAAUACAAACAGAGGUUUCUUGUCCCACCGUAUCUUGUUUCUGUGCAGUAUUGGUGUAAUUGGUAUAAUGGAGCUUAUGAAACACAAAAUCAA